CAACAGGUAGAUUGUGAAAGAGAAACUGAGGCAGGAUGUUCUCCUUUCGAUCUUAACUCUCGUAUCAACAUUUUGUUAAUAUCUAAUAAUCACAUAAAUAAUUUCUUCAGAAACUUCUGUGAACACAUUAAUGCUCAACUGAAGAGAUGAAGUUCAUUUGUUUGACUUUGCUGAUUUUUAGUGGAAUUACAGAUUCAAGAUCAGAGCGGUAUGAAGUCGUGGGAUCUGCAGAUCCUGUGUUUGCUGUAGCUGGUGAAGAUGUGAUUCUGCCGUGUUCAGUCAAACCCAGCAUCAGUGUUGUGGACAUGAGAGUGGAGUGGUUUAGAUCUGAUCAGAAAGACUCACAACUAGUGCAUCUUUAUGAGGAUCAUGAAGACAGAAACACAGAUCAGAUUCAGUCCUACAGAGGGAGAACAAAACUGAAUCAUCAAGAACUACAGAGAGGAGAUGCAUCACUCAAACUCUCAUCAGUCCGAGUCUCUGAUGAAGGACUUUAUAAGUGUUUUAUUGAGUCCAAAUCUUGGUAUGAUGAUACCACUGUUGAUGUCAGAGUUGAAGCUGUAGGACGUCCUCCAGUGAUCACUGUAGAUGGGUUUGAUCAUUCAGGAGGUCUUCAUCUUCAGUGUGAAUCUGAAGGCUGGUAUCCUGAACCUGAGCUUGAGUGGCUGGACAGUAAAGGAGUCAGUUUGAGUUCAGAAACUACAGAGAUACACAGAAACACAGACAGAUUCAGUGUGAAACACACAACUACUGUACAUCACAGUGACGACAAGAUUCACUGCAGAGUCAAACUGAGACAUCACAUGCUGGAGACACUGAUUAUCAGCUCAAGUAAUAUGUUUAGUUCUUGGAGGACUUCAGUCAUCAUGAUUUCAGUUUUUGUUGUGCUCAGUGUGAUUGCUGGAAUACUGAUAGCUGUGUUUGCUCGUAAAAACAGAGAACGUGAUCAACUUUUACAACUUCUGAAGACAAUCAUACCUAAAGUGAAUGUGAUUCUGGAUGCUGAUACGGCUCAUCCUCGUCUCACCGUGUCUGAUGAUGGGAAACAAGUGAGAAAUGGAAAGAGACGAACAGAAAGAGUGUAUGGAGGAAAAAACAGAUUUAAUGAAUACCUUGGUGUUCUUGGGAAGGAUGGAUUCUCCUCGGGGUGUUUUUACUUUGAGGUGCAGGUGAAUGGACAAACUGAGUGGGAUUUAGGAGUGAGCAGAGAAUCUGUGAACAGGAAGGGGUCGAUCAGUCUGAGUCCUGGGGAUGGAUACUGGGCUGUGGGUCUGAAAAAUGGGAAGUAUUGGGCUCAUGAAUCUCCACGUGUCUCUCUUUCUAUGAGUGUAAAUCCUCAGAGAGUCGGUGUGUUUGUGGAUUAUGGGAAGGGUCUUAUCACUUUUUAUGAUGUGGAGUCUAUGUCUCUUAUGUAUUCUUUCACUAAUCAGUCUUUUGAUAAGAAACUCUUUCCAUUUGUUAGUUUGGGGUAUCUGAAGAAUGAAAACUUCACACCGCUGAUUAUCUGUGAUGAUUAUUAAUGUGAUCAGUAACUGUAUUUACAUUACGAAAUAAAAGGAAAUUAAAUGAAAAGUGUAAUGUAAUAAACAUUACAUAUAACUUACAGUACACACAAGGACGAUUGUAUGUGAUCUUAAAAAUCUUUUGAUAUAAAGAAUUAUGCUUAAAUGACUAAAAUGACUGUAAAAGACUUAUAUUUGUAAACAAAUACAAAUACUUCCUCUAUAUCAAUAUGAAUGUUGUUUACAAGAUAAGGGGUUUAAUUUAUCUAUAAAUAUUAUGAAAUACAUUUAUUUAUGAAUACUGUUUUGAGCUGGAGCAGAUAAUGAAUGAAAAGCAUCAUACAGUUAACUGUUCCUCCUUCAAUAGUGUUUGGUAUUUGUUGAUGAAUCUUCAGAUAGAGUAAAGCUGGAAUCAAACAACAAGAUCAAAUAGAAGAAUAGAAAUGUGUUAUUACUUAGUUUUCUCUACUUUGUGUUUGAUAGCAUAAAGAAUUAGUAGGUUGGUCCAAAUAUUGAUUAGAUUUGUGAAUGAAAUGAAUUAUGAGUUUAAGUUAAUUAAUUUACUCCUAUAUGCAUUCAUUUUCAUGUUAUGUAUUAAUUUGUGACAUUAAUAUCAAUCUGACAAAGGGCAUGUUUACACCUGGUCACUUUCGUUCCAGCAAAUGUUAAGAUGUUUUCAGUGUGUCUGAUCUUCUGUGCUGCAUACAAAGUAGAUUUUUACUGCCAAUCUUCAAUAAGUAUCAUAACAAUAGUCAAUACAACUCAUGUACUUUGGUCAAAAUCUCCUGAAGCCAUGUUAUAUUGUGAUGAGCAAACUGUUAAGUUAUAAUUGUCCCUUCUAAUAGAGCUUACAAAUCCAUGAAAGUGUAAUACCUGAUGUAAAUGCAGUGUGACAGAUUUAAUUCAGCACCUUUAAAUAUAAAUAUUUUAUACCUGCUC